UUCAAAUAUUAAUUUCUAUAUUAACAUCAAUAUAAACUACAAGGAAGUACGUAAUUUAAAAAAAAGAAUGCAUUUCUCUUUAUUAUUGGUGUUUUUAUUAUUACUUCCAGUACAUGAUGUACUUGGGUUUGCUAAUUAUUACGGGACUAGAAAUGCAGCAAGAGAUCAUAAAUGUUACACAUGCAUUAAUGGUACACAUUUUAAGUUUGGAGAAUGUAAGAAAAAAACGGAUGACUGCAACUAUGAUAUACCAAACGAAAGGUCUACUACUCAUGAUCAUUGUGUAAAACAGGGACCUUUUUAUUGCUGCUAUUAUUUUAUUACAAAGCCUCACGAGAUUCCUAAAACACGGGAUUUUAGUAAUCCUAAAAAACGUUAUCCUGCUGACGUGUGCGCUGGCAAAUCCUAAGUCUGGUUCCGGCAUUGCCAUUGGCAUAAAAGUUUUCUCGGAAAGAUUAUCCACAGUACCGUAGCUGAGUUAAUAUGUUUGGCCAUUCAAACCUUAUUCUGUAUUCUUUUUGAAAUAUUGUAUGUAACCAAAAAUUGUAG